UGUCAGGUUCAACUCCAGCCAUGGUUUCCCAGUGGAGGUCGAGUCCGACACCAGCAUCUUCCAGCUCAAGGAGGUGGUUGCUAAGCGACAGGGGGUUCCAGCUGACCAGUUGCGUGUGAUUUUCGCUGGGAAGGAGCUUCGGAAUGACUUGACAGUGCAGAGCUGUGACCUGGAUCAGCAGAGCAUCGUCCACAUGGUGCUGAGACCCUGGAGGGAAGACCAAGGAGGGGCGGCCACUGGACAGGAAGGCCCACAAAACACCACGGUGGGCUCGGAGAGAGAGCCUGAGAGCUUGACACGCGUGGACCUCAGCAGCUCCGUCCUCCCGUCCCACUCGGGGGGUCUGGCCGUGAUCCUGAACAGUGACGACGCCAGGACCCUGCCAGUCGGAAGGCCAGCAGGUAGACGAACCUACAACAGCUUUUAUGUCUAUUGCAAAGGCCCCUGUCAGAGAGUACAGCCGGGAAAACUCCGGGUACAGUGCAGCACCUGCCAACAGGCAACGCUCACCUUGGCCCAGGGUCCGUCUUGCUGGGAUGAUGUCUUAAUCCCAAACCGGAUGACCGGCAAAUGUCAGUCUGCACACUGCUCUGGGACUACAGCCGAAUUUUUCUUUAAAUGUGGAGCACACCCGACCUCCGACAAGGACACGUCAGUAGCUUUGAACCUGAUCACAACAAACAGUCGAGACAUCACCUGCAUCACCUGCACCGACGUCAGGAGCCCUGUCCUGGUUUUCCAGUGCAACCACCGUCACGUGAUUUGCUUAGAUUGUUUCUACUUAUAUUGUGUGACAAGACUGAAUGACCGGCAGUUCAUCCCUGACCUUCAGCUCGGCUACUCUCUGCCUUGUGUGGCUGGCUGCCCCAACUCCUUGAUUAAAGAGCUCCAUCACUUCAGGAUUCUUGGAGAAGAGCAGUACAACCGGUACCAGCAAUAUGGUGCUGAAGAGUGUGUGCUACAGAUGGGGGGAGUGCUGUGCCCUAGCCCUGGCUGUGGAGCAGGGCUGCUUCCUGAGCCGGGCAUGAGGAAGGUCACUUGUGAAGGGGGCAGCGGCCUGGGCUGUGGGUUCGUCUUCUGCCGGGACUGUAAGGAGGAGUACCAUGAAGGUGAAUGCGGCACCCUCUUUGAAGCCUCAGGAGCAGUUACUCAGGCUUACCGAGUUGACCAGAAGGCUGCGGAGCAAGCUCGGUGGGAAGAGGCCUCCAAAGACACGAUCAAGAAAACCACCAAGCCCUGUCCCCGCUGCCAUGUGCCCGUUGAGAAAAAUGGAGGCUGCAUGCACAUGAAGUGUCCGCAGCCGCAGUGCGGGCUGGAGUGGUGCUGGGCCUGCAGCUGCGAGUGGAACCGCGCCUGCAUGGGGGACCACUGGUUCGACGUGUAGCCGCCCGCGAGCGAGCGAGCGCCUCCUGCCGUCCAACCUGGGAACGUACCAAGGCUCCCGCCCCUCGGGGCUCUUUCUCCACUCCCCCC